AUGACUGCUUACAACCACAGCAGAGAAUCGCAUCACAACACUAGCAACUUUCACCCAAAAUACGACAGUCUUCAAUUUCCAAUCGUUUCAACUGCGAAAAAACUUAACACAACGGCCAACAUUGCGAGGAUAUUGUCAUAUAAGGUCGACAAAGAAGGGCCAAUUACCUCAAUCAUAGGGGUAAAGUCCACUUUAGACGAGCAGCAUGAAUCAUUAUCGUUGAAGUUGGUUCCAUUGCGAGCCGUAGAUACUACAUUGGCAAUUCAAGACGACCGAAUAGCCAAGAACGGUAUACAUAUCUUCCUGGAUAUGUCAAAUAUUAACAUAAGCUUUCACAGUGUUCUAAAGGGAAAGUUCUCAAUUGGAGAGCAUGCUCGUUUCGUGCCGCUUCCUCAGCUCAACCUGCAGUUUCUCACAGAAAUUCUUGUUCGUGAUCGGAAGAUCAUGACUCUCAACGCAGGCUGCUCUGUUCUGCCUCAUUGUCAAGAGCCUCGCUUUGUUCAGGAACUCCGAGACUUGGGGUAUCGUGUGGAUCUUAGAGAGAGAAAGCGAGCACCUGAGUGUAAGAGAGGGUUCAAUGAGGAUUCCAAAGCCGGAGAAGCGUCUUCGUCGGACGAAUUGGUCUUCCCUCGUAGCGGUGGUCGCUAUGUGGAGGAUUUGGUUGACGAGACACUACAAACCCGUAUUGCAGAGUCCGUCAUGGAAUACUUUCAGGAUCAGGGCACACUUGUGAUAGCAACAGGCAAACAUGACGCCUAUUCAACGGCCUCAGAUGAGGGCGAGGGCGAUGUUAUUGUCUGUGACCCGAGCAUCUCGUCGGCUACUCGUGGACAAGAGGUCAUUACGUGGAUGAAUGAAGAGGGAGAAGCCCUGUCCACAGUCUCAGAGAGCGUUCUACCGCUGCCCACGGCAGCAGCUCCGGGCAACAUGACGAUUGGGGACAUCAGUACUUCAUUACCACCCUUUUCAACUCGAACCUUGUUCGUGUCGCCGUCCAAGAGCCCAGCAACUGCUAGCCACGGGAGAAGAAUUGCCGCUCCUCUUGACUCACCAGCAACUGCUACGUCCAGGGCCGUCUCGUCGGGCACUAAAGCAGUGGGCUCAAUCAAGGAAUCUGGUGGCGAGUAUUGGACCCGUGGCCUGUUUGGCGUCUCAUACACGCCGUACAGGUCCGACCAGAACUGCAAGUCGCAGCAAGAUGUUGACAAUGACUUCCAGAGACUGGCAGGUGACUAUUCCCUUGUUCGAAUCUACGGCACAGACUGUGACCAGGUUCCUAUGCUGUAUUCUGCGGCCAAGCAACAUGGAAUGAAGCUCUUCUUGGGCAUCUGGAACCCGUCCGCCGUAGAAGAUGAGACCAGCAAGAUAAUAUCCGGAGUCAACGGCGACUGGGAUACGGUGCACACAGUUAGCGUUGGAAACGAGCGGGUCAACAACGGUGAGACAUCUCCCCAAGAUAUGAUCCGGUCAAUGAACAAGGCACGAUGUAUUCUCCGAGCAGCGGGCUACGACGGCCCUGUCGUCACAGUCGAUACCUUCACAGCCGCUUUGGCCCACCCCGAGCUGUGUGACGAGUCAGACUAUUGUGCCGUCAAUGCACAUGCCUUUUUUGACAGCACCAUCGCUGCGCCGCAAUCUGGGAAGUGGUUGAGGGACACUGUAUCCAGACUUGAAUCCACCAUUGACGCAAACAAGAAAGUUGUAGUGGCCGAGACUGGAUGGCCGGUGCAGGGUGCCACGAACGGCCUCGCAGUUCCUGGUUUGAGUAAUCAGAAGGCGGCUUUAGAUUCCAUCAAGAACGAGUUUGCCGACCGACCAGGGGAUGUGAUUCUCUUCUCCGCCUUCAAUGACUUAUGGAAACAGAAGAAUAUAGCAACUUUUGAUGCUGAUCAGUUUUGGGGUAUCGGUGGCGCGGUUUCUUCGUGCGAUCAGUAG